UACUUAAAGAUAUAUGGAUUUACUGUUCUUGAACAUAGUAUAUUUGAGGCAUUGGUCUUUGGGAUUGAAAUAGGAUCCAGUAUUAAGCACUUCUCUUUGCAUGACUUUGAAGGGAAAUAGCCUUUACUCUGAUUUUUUUUUUAAUGGAGUGAUUAGUAAACCAUUUUUUUUUCUCAUUUCUGUGUGAGGUUAAGAGCUCUUAGUGGAAUAUUUUGCACUGGGUUUUAAUACUUUUUAUAAGAGGCCUAGAGCAUGAACUAGAAAACCAGAAAAUUAAAUAUAUGCGUACCAUUAGGUCUAUGUUUGUUGAGCACUGUUAAAAAAAUAAAUUACUAGUAAAGGGUGUCAAAAGAUAAGUUACUAGGUUUAGAACUCUUUAUUUCAGCAUUGGAAACAGUUGGCCUUAUUUUUGCUCCACCAGUUUUCAGGGUCAGUACUUCUUGAUAGGGUAGAAAGUUGUUAAAAGAACAAAAGUUUUGGAAGUCUGCACAGACAUCUUCAGUCUUGAGCCCACUGACAUUUUCCCUUUGAAUUUACAGUAUAGUGGAGCUAUUGUUUACUGAAGAAUUAGUUCAGCAAAGCUGUUGUGUAAGAUCAGAGACAGUGAUUACAGUCUUGUGAUGCAGUGAUUUAAUGACUUCUUCGAUGAAAACAUGGCUUUUGAAAUUGAACUUUCUAGCCUAAGUUAGAUAUACUUAAUUUAAGAAAUCAAAAUUCAAAUCAACACUAGGAUGUUAUGUGCUAAGUUGAAACAAGUAGCAUCUUUGGAAAGGUAGGUCUGCUGUCCUGCUUUUAGCUUACAUGCUUGUACACGCUUACCUUACACGCAGAGCUUGUAAUGGGCCUGAAGGCUCAUUGAGAUGGCUGGAGUUUGUGAAAAGAGGGCUGAGGGAACUCAUCAGAGGACUGCACUUUUCCCAAGUAGCUUAAAAAAAAAAAAGAACAAAACCCAGUCCUGAUGCAUGUUCAUCUACCUACCCUUUAGAGCACUAUUUUUGCAAUGAUAACUUUAAGCUCACAUUAAUUUCUUACAAGUAUAGUGAUCUUUUAUCUGUCUUUAUUUCCUUUGUAAAACCUGCCAGCAAACUUCAUUUAAUAAGAAUUGUUUUUGUUUUGAAUAAAGUCUUUACCUAAGAUUUAGUGUAUGUAAGAAAAAAUACUAGAAAUGCAAGAAGAAAAAAAAUAGGUAAAUAUUCAAUGAGGAUGGGGGGAGGAGAAGAAGUUUAAGUUGUAUAUUUAAUGAUUUUUAAAUUUCCUGAUACUUAAUAGCAUGUUAUUUCUUCUGAGGGAUUCUUCAUCAGAUUUAAAAUGAAAAAAUGAAUAAUAACCAAAUAAUUUGUCCCAAAUUGUCACUAUGAAAUGAUCUAGUGUAUACCCUUUAAAGUGUUUUGACUGUGAGGUUUUGAGCAUCUACAGUUUCAAAAUUUUUUGCCGUGCUUUAAAAAGUGCUUUUAAUAUUAAUGGUAAUAUACUGCAGACCACUCGAACGUAAAUUCCCAAAUUUAAGUAGGCCCAAGUGUAGAUCCAAAGAUGCUGAGAACGAAGUAGCCCUUUAAAAAUUUCUUGUUUUAUUUCCGCCUUUGGCAGCUUUGCAGUUACAAUAAACUAGACCAUGAACAAUACUCUAACAGUGUAGUCUGUCUAUAAAAUCAAGGACAGCUUUUGGAAGGGAGAUGCUUUGAAAUGCUAUCAACAGGGUUUGCGAUGUUACUGCACACAAAGAGAUUUUCAUGUUAUUAAACCCUUAUUGUUUUGUGCGGGUGACUAAAUGGGAACUGUGUAUUUGAUGAGGUAUCUUUAUUGGUAAUAUUUCUAGAUUUUUAAUAUAUUUAAUAGCUUCCUUUUUCCAACCCAGCUGCACAUGUGGCACAGUAAGAGACAGACUUGAGCCACCAGUGUAUUAAAAGAAAGGUAUUUAAUAUGCUGCGCAUUGCUAGCCCUUGUCAGCAUAUUCCCAAGUGUUUUUUGGAAAAGUGGAAUGAGUGAUGAAGGCUACCAGCUGAUUGAGAUGUCCUACGAAACUGCUGGGUGUGAAGCUUUGUAUUUUUGACAGUGAAAACGACAAGUGUUUACAUCAAGUUGUGUCAUAAGAGGCAAAAAGUAUCAUGCUUAAAACUAUUAUUUUAACCUAUUUUCUACUUUGAAUAUAUGUGUGUGUGUGUGUGUGUGUGUGUGUAAUAUAUAUAAUUUUAUUAUUUCUUUUUAAAGGAGGGGUUUGGGGAGGCCCCAAGCCAAAUCCUUUGAGCACAAAGAGAACUUUUGCAUUAGCCUUCUUUAAUAGAUGUCUGGGUUGGUUCUGGCAUGAGAUUUAAGCAAAUAACACAGUGUUUAAUAAUAGAAUGGGAAAAUCAUUGAUGCUGUUAUGUAAUAUCCAUUGAUUUUGUUUUAACAAUCCAAAUAGGUGAUGUUCUUUUUCUUUCAAUGCUCUCAAAAAUUAAUAAUAGAGAAUCUAGACUUAGAUGAGACUCACACAUAUAUAGAUGUGUUUGUGUGUCUGUGUGCGCGCGCGUGCGCACACACGUGUGUAUUGCACCUGCCUCCUGGCCUCUGGCCUCCUUAUUGCCAGGCUUGUCCCAUUUCUGACCACACAGCACCAAUUGCUUGGGAAUCAUUCCCACAUGUGUGGUAGUUUGGACAUGGACCUGUGCCCACUGAAAAUUGAACAGAAGCCAUAUACCAUUUCAGCCUAGCACUCCAGAGGUGGAAAGGAAUCGGCAUUAAUCCAACAACUCCCAAGUGCUGUGUCUUCAUUUGUCCCUUUGAAGCCUGGGAAAACAAACACUAUUUCAGGAUUCUUGAUGUUCUCAUUAAGAUCGGUUUCAAAACAGAACAGCUAAAGUUACUUGUCAGGCUACUCUAUAAAUCAGUGUGUUUAUCAGAGUUCUUUGCAGGAUUUUGUUUUGGUUGUUGUUUUUAUGGGGGAGGGGAGGAAAAUUAAUAUUUUUUACACUUUGAUUCAAAUGUAUUGUUGCUUUAUUCUUUAAAGCUUGCAUAGGUGUUCAGGGUUUCCUACUAAAACUAAAAUGUUACAGAGCACUCAUGUUUGGAGCUGAAUCUUGCUGAUUUUAUGAAGAUGGUUUAGAAAUAAAGAAGUGAGUUUUUAGUGUAAAACACUCUGUCCUAAAGGAGUUUGUGCUCUCUCUUCACCUCCACCUCUCCCUCUCCCACUCCCUCUCCCUCUCCCUCUCUCUCUCCCUUUCCCCCAACCCCCUCUCUGAGAGAAGGAGAGGAGAGUGUGGACUCCCCUUUCUACCUCCGUGCUUUCUGGUUAAAUACAGAGUUCUGUAAUGUGUGGCAGCCAUGUGGCCAACCUUAUUAACACAUGUGCUUCAUGAGUAAGGAAGAGUUUCUAUUUCCCUGCAGAUGUUUCUCAUCAGCUUUAGAUGUUUUCCUCAUUGGCUCCCAUCUGACUUGGGGAAAUGGCUUGCCUUCUCCUUGCCUCAGUUUCUUCAUCACCAAAGUGGUUUAGAUUAGAAUCCAAACAAGGAAAAAGAAUAAAAAACAGGGGUGAGAUAAAGGUCAAUAUUCAAUUUAUGAGGAACAACAUGACAGCAAGCAUGUUUGACUUGUCAAUGAAGGACAAGACGAGAUCACCUUUUGCAAAAUUAAAAGAUAAGAUGAAAGGGAGGAAAAGCGACGGGGUGUUUUCUGAUACGUCCUCUGCCAUCGUUCCGAGCACUCACAUGCCUGAUGCCAAUCCUGAGUUUUCAAGUGGUGAAAUGCAGAUGAAAUCCAAACCAAAAAAGCCUUUUCUUUUGGGUCCUCAGCGGCUCUCUUCUGCCCAUUCGAUGUCUGAUUUAACUGGGUCCCACUUAUCUUCUGAGAAGCUGAAGUCCAGCACUGUGGGUCCAACACAUCUUCUCAGUCGCCAGAUAGAUUCCUUUGGAGUUGUUCCAGAAAGUGGAAGUCUCAAGUCUCCACACAGACGAACACUAAGCUUUGAUACUUCUAAAUUGAACCAACCUGGCAGCAUUGUGGAUGAAGGUGAACACUCUUUUGGAAGACAGAGUGACCCAUUUACAAAUGUGACUGCUUCAUUACCCCAAAAAUUUGCAACACUGCCAAGGAAGAAGAAUCCAUUUGAAGAAAGCAGUGAGCCAUGGGACAGCAGCAUGAAUUUAUUCUCAAAACCAAUUGAAGUCAGGAAAGAAAGUAAGAGAGAGAAAAGGGAGAAGGUGAGCCUCUUUGAAAGAGUGACUGGCAAGAGAGAUAGCAGGAGACCUGACAAGCUGAACAAUGGUGGAUCUGAUAGCCCAUGUGACUUGAAAUCACCUAGUGCUUUUAGUGAAAACCGGCAGGACUAUUUUGAAUAUGAGUCAACUAACCCGUUUACAGCAAAAUUCAGGGCUUCAACUAUAAUGCCAUCUUCAAGUUUUCAUGUGAAUCCAACAAGCAGUGAAGACCUCAGGAAAAUCCCGGACAACAAUCCUUUCGAUGCCACGGCUGGGUACCGGAGUCUGACCUACGAAGAGGUGCUGCAGGAGCUGGUGAAGCACAAAGAACUCCUUCGGAGGAAGGACACCCAUAUCCGGGAGCUAGAGGACUACAUUGACAACCUCCUCGUCAGGGUGAUGGAAGAGACACCCAGCAUCCUGCGAGUGCCCUACGAGCCAUCCAGAAAAGCUGUAUACACCCAGGACCACUUGUCACCCGGGCCACCCCACCUCUGUGGAGAAGCUACUUCAACCCACUCCUGAUUCUCUGAACUCUGAUUGUGAAGGGAUUCACUACAUUCAACUCCAGCUUCUAACUUUGUUCCCAACCACUGUCCCAAAAAUUGAUGAUCUCAAGUCUCUUUUCAAGGAAUGACAAAAUUUAGAGCUCUUUAUUCUUUUCGUAGAAGCAUGGAUUUCUUCAGCCAGUGUUCUCCUGGUGUUUGAGUUUAUGGAAAGUAUAAGCAGGAGAUAGGGUAGUGUGGUUUAUUCUGCUGUGUAUCCUGAGCAAAGACAACUGUGCAAAGUUACAUCUGAAAAUGAGCUGGGGUGGGGUGGGGUGGGGUGAUUGUCUGUUGCCUGAUAACCAAAGGCAACAGCAAGUUCCAGGAAUGAAGGUUGGGCUUGGUUUCAAUUUCAUCAUUAAUAGAACAGAUGGUUGCCUUUGAGCCCUGAACCAAAGACUCAUUGCAACCGUGGGUGUUGAGAGCAGGUCUCUACCAACAUACAGCAUGAGGCAGCCCACAUCUACCCUUGAGGAUUGAUGUCACACACUAUGGGGUCUUUGUUUAAACCUGUCUCCCUAGAAUGGUAGUUUUCUGUGGAUUAGCUUUCUGUAUUUGUAUAAAAUUAUUCUAAAAUUUAAAGAGAAAAGUGAUGAGAUAAAAAUAUUGCAGGUCUUCUGCUGGUAUUUCAACCUUUCAGAUCUAAACACUCUGAAGUAGACAGUCUUUCUGAAUUGAGGAUAUGAAGACUGGCUGUAUACAGGCUGGGGCCAGGUACAUUCUGUAGCCCUGUAGUGAGUUGCAUUUUCCUGAUUUUUAUCUCUAGUAAGACUUCACUGAAAGUCAAAUGAAAGCAGAGAUUAUAGUUUUGCUGAUUUUCAUAUUUUUUAGUCACAAAAUCCCUUGUUAUCUAUAUUUUCUGAGUUUCUGUGGUUUUCUAGAAAACAUGGGUUUUGAAGUGAAUUUUUCCCCAAAUAUAAACUUCAGUACUUUUCUAAAAUUAAAAUAGAGGAGGAAAAAUGGAUUUUUACAAUCAGUUUUUCUUCCACUUAAUUAAUAAUUGAAGUGAUUCUGUAAUAAACUUCAAAGUCUAAGGUAGACUUGGUUUUCCCAUAUGAGAUCUUGGUAAAUAUUAGUUUUUAAAUGGUGCCGUUUAAAAUUAACAUUUAUUAGAUGUCAUCAAAUUCUUAGCAUAUAUUGAUCAUGGCAUUGCUGAGACUCCACAACUUUUUAAAGCACCCAAAUCCAUGUAUUCAGUAUUAUGACAGCUGCCUGCAGGUACAAUAACAUGUGUUAGCCAAGUGUGUCCUUUCUAGAGUCUCAGUCCAGUAGAGACUUGAGCUGUCUGUUGCUUUUGUCCUCAGAAUAAGUUUCCCAUAAAUCUCAUCUAAAAAGCAUGGUUCAAAUGCCUUUGUUCCUUUUUAUGAGAAGUAAGUCAUAAGGCACAGUUUUGCCUCCAUUAGAAUUUGUGCACGUGGAUUCAACAGCCCUUACUGACUGGCCAGACUGAAUGAGUAUUUGUUUCUUAGAAUCUGAAGUGAAGCUUUGUCCAGGUCUGGUAGGCAGUGAGAUUUAUCUGAGGCAUAAUUCUUGUUGCUAAAUAAAAACAAAAGUUUGAGACAAAUGAAAAGUCUGCAUUUACACUCUGGAAAAUGUUGUGUUCUAGUGGUAAGAGUUUCACUCAUGAACUUAAUGUUAUCAUUAAUCAACAUAACAAGCUUACAAGUAAAACAAGUUCCAGGGAACAUAGCAUGUGGCAGUGUCUAAGUACAUGUGUGAGCUGGGCACUGUAGAAAGAAGGCCAGAGACACACUUGCUUUAUCUUCCAAGUGGAACCUGGAGUAUUCCAGUGAUUUAUUUUUGUAUUAUCUUAGAGGUGGACAUAAAAAUGUAUAUUUCAGUAAACAGUGCAUGCGCAAUAGAUUUUUAAGAACAUUUUAUUUCUGAUUUUAGCCUAAAAAUACAUACUCAAAAACACUUCUACCAACAAGACUUAAAAUCACAGAAUCAAGACUGAUUUAAUAUCACACACUUCUGUUACAUAAUUAAACUAUUUCUUAACGACAACAGUAUUUUACAGGCAGUCUCUUGUCAGUUCUAAGCUCAGCUUGACAGUGUUGCCACACCGCCCUGCCUCUGGGACUUCAAGUGUCAUUCCUUAAACACCAAGGUCAUUGCUUAGAGUUGUAUAUAAGAUACCAUGUAACCCACUCAUGGUAAGUGUUGGAAGCAUUGCCUUUUGCUGCUCUGUUCUGCAUUGACCCCAGUUUUGCCCUCCUCCCAUGAAUGUAGUAUUAUUCAUAGAUUAUACAUAACUACAUGUAUUGCUUUUGGCAGUAAAUCAAGUUCUAGUUGUAAUUUUCCAGCUGUGAAAAUGUUGCCUUGUAUUUAAAAUGGUUUCACGAGUGGAAACCUAAGUAAAUAAGCUCAUUAGUGACAAACCUGCUUCUUCAUGUCCCCCUUUCCCAUCUCACCACUCCUCCUGCAUCCUGCUUCCCGCCCCGAUGUGAGUGCUUAUUCUUAACAAGGAGAAUCUUUUAAAAUGAGAAAUAAAAAAGAAAGACCUGCUAUCUCUAAGUAGCUGUAAUAACUUUUACACAAAGCUUUUGUUCCCCCCCCCCCCCAAAAAAAAGCAGCUUACCCUGGAUUGGAGAAGCAGGCCGAGACUCCUUGCUGUCUGUGCCAUCGUCUGUCUCUAGGUGCAGUAGGUGUCACUGGUGCGUGUGGGUGAAGUGUGAGCAUGCCCAGUCAUGUGAUCUCUUCUCAGAGGGAAGGACUGCACUGCAAGCUCGUGGUGCUAUUGGAGAGGGUCUGUCAGCACAUACUGAAAGCCCCCAUUUUCACAGAUUUAUAACUUUAAUAAUCCAGAUGCUGUCCUUGGAGGUAUUUAAUAUGCAAUAGGUAGCACCUUUACUAAUUAAUCUGCAUAUGAAGGGUUUCCUGAUGUAUUUAAUAAGAUGUGUAGAAGCUCUUCAAGCAUUAAACUAAAGUUGACGUUUUAUUUCAUUGACUUUUCACUGUCAAAGAAUAUCAACCACUUACAAUGGAAUUGAAGUCUGUUACCUAAUGGUAUUUGGGCCUUUUAAUUUCUGAAGCUUCUAGAUUGUUUGUAUUGUGAGGUACAAAAAAAAUGCUGCAGAUCUAGGAAUGUAUGUUCUUAGCAAGUGUUUGAAUGAUGUAAGCAUUAUUUACCAUUGAAGAGUACGACCCCUAUGUUCUUAAGUAAAUGCUUAGUAACCCAUAUACAUUUUUGCAGGUACAAAAGUAUAUAAACAUUGUAUAAUGUGACAGUUGUAUAAUUUAUGUACUCUGAUGCAUGAGUCAGAAUUUUUAUAUAUGAUAAUUGAUUUGUUAUAGUUGAUUAAAGUGUUUAAACUUAA